CCGCAGGGAAACAACUAUAAAACUGCACACUUCUACCGGUAGAAGUCUCAGGAAUUUCCACAACGUUUCUUCUAGCUUUUCCGCGUUUUCAGCGAUUUCCCAAGUAAAUUCCGAAGAUCCACACACGGACUUCCCGGAAGACCAAGACCCAAAUCAUGCCGAAAAAGACUACCACCUUGCUCGCCGGGGCGCAGGUUGCCGCCGCCGCUUUGAAGCAGGCCGGGGAAGAGGACAACGUCAACGGCCAGAAGAUGGCGGAGAAGUCGGUCGCGAAGGGGGGGGGGGCGGUUGGCAUCGUCCAUUCCCCGCGCACCUCCAAGAUGAUGGAGGACCGGGCAGGUAUUGUAUAGCUUUUGUUUUGGUAGCGGAUGCUUAUGCUUACAAUUUUGCUUGAGCCACGAAGUUCACUGCUGUUUCUAUUUUUUUUUUUUCAGAUAGAUUUUUUCUGACCACCGUCUGCAGGUAAAAUGCCCACCAGCAAGAAGAUGCAGUCCUUCAAUGGCCUGGGAGAACCGGUUGCAUUCCUGCAAGGCGACGCAGAAGAUGAAGAAGGGAGGACCUCCUAUUCCUAUAUCCCGUAUCAUGGGCGCACCUUUAAUACAACAGUUGUGUGUAUAGACCCAAUGAGCUGCCUCGUAUGAUUGGACAAAGUACUAAAGUUCGCCAAAAAGAUACUGACUUUUCUUGAAACGGAAAGAACGGACUUUAAAAAGGCAAAAGCCGAAUCUUGCCAUGAUGAAAAAAAAAUAGAAUUUGGACAUUGAGUGACAGCGCCGCUCAGCGUCCCCCCCGAGGGGGCGCGGCGCCGCUCCUUAGCGUGGGCGGCCGCCACGGGUGGCCGCACUUCAUUUAACGCCCCAGCGCGCGCGGGCAACAGAUGCGGCGCAUUUGUAGUGCCGUGAAAGCUGUUGUGGCUAAAUUAGUGCGAGAGGUUUCGUGAGCGUUUUCUCUCGGCGCAUAGCUCGCGAGCCCUCGCAUGCACGUGCAAGCCUCGCUGUUUGUCCAAGUUCGCUACUUUUCGUGGGCAGACUAGCCUUCGGACUCUUGAAAAUUUUGGGCCUUCGGGCAUCUCUCGGUCGGUUCACACCGAAGGACACCCAUACUUUUCGCAGGCUCUUCGCAUUCUCAGGGUGCGCAUCUAGGCAGAAAUAAUGCCGCUCUUUGGCGUUCUGAUUGAAUGAUGUGGCGCGCAUGCUCGCGCUCCAAAAAAAGCCAACAAACUCCGCCCCCGGGCUCUGCUUUUUUCAGAGACAAAGAACGCUGGCCGCGGCGGCAUCCCUACGCGCGCGCACUGCGCCUUCUGGGCUAAAGGCGUCAGAGCCGCGCGGCCCCACCCGCCGGGCCCUUUUAUUUGUUUGCGUAGCGGCGCGCAGCGCUUGGCUCCACCCUCCCUGCCGGAACGCCUCACCCGAACAGCCGCUCCCUCCCCGGCGGCCUCCGCCGGGGGGCGGCUGGUUCAUUCAUCGUGACAAAGAAGAGCCAUCGUCGUGACAGGAUUCGGCUCUUGCGCUUUUCAAGUCACUUUUUUGCGUUUCAAAAAGUGUUAUUCUCAUGGGACGCUUUCGUGCUUUGUCCAUUCAUACUGCGUCGGGAAGAUUGGCGCCAAAAUGCAAGACUCCAUGACCGAAAAGAAACAAGAACUACAAACAGGAAUUCAAACAGGAAUUGGGAAUCUCAUGAACAACCCAGUUUCCCGUUUUUUUCCUCGCCCCGAACCGACCCAGACGACACCCCCACCGGCGACCACGACCGCGUGCUAUUGCACUAACAUGUCGGAGUGUGCCGAUCCCUCUAGCUACGGCAAGAGGGGGCGGAACGAAAACGAUGCUGCCCCGAUCGCGAAUGCAUGCUUUGCAGGACCAACCCAGGGCGAUGAAGUUCAGCUUUGCACCGGUGCGGCGUCCGAUUGCAAUAACUAAUUGGGAGUUGCUGCACGAAGACGAAGUACGUGGACUGUCGAAGACAGGAGAGCGUUCGCCUUCAUCUUUUCUUUCGAGUUAUUAUUUAUGAGGAGGACAACGUGCCCAACAGGCAACGCACCCAAGGGGAUAAUUUUUUUUUUUUUCACAGUAAACGAAUUGAACAUAAGUAAUUUCGCUAGUUAAAAUACACUAGCUUGCCUUAUGUGAAUUAGCUAUGUAAAGUAGACGCUUUCAAAGGGUUGUAGGGUGCUAGAUCGCCGAUAUCCAGCUCCACGGCUUCGCCUCGGUUGUCUCCACGCAGGGGCGCCGGGAUACUGCACACGAGGGCCUGGCGCAGAUAGGGCACGAAGGUUCGCAGGGGGCAGAGGAUCGGCGGCCAGCCUUCUGUGGCAAGGCAGCAGGACGACGUAGUUGCGACGGCCGUGUCGCACCUUGCCGCCGUUUUCUGUGUUUUGUUUGUGCCUUGCUGCCACUUUCCGCCGAGCUUGGGAGCCAUUUUGUGAGGCUACCCAAAGUGCCCCGGCUUCGUUGUGUUCCUACCUGGGCAGAUUGACCUCACAAAGGACAACACGAGAGUCCGGGAUCCCCGUCCGCGAUGCCCCUCCGAGAUGCCCCCUUUUUGGCAAGGGACAAAACGACCACAGCGUCGGGGCUAGGGGUAAAAAUAUGCCCUAUGGGAGGCCCUGUGUGGACCCCCUCCCGCGGCCCCCCCUCGCGCCCCCGCCUCUCGCCUGCGGCCCUGCAGGCCGCGGCCUGCGGGCCAUGUUGCACUUGGCUUGCGGGUGCUUUUUGGCGAAACCCCCCUCGGCAGCCGAUGGCACGCUGCUCCGCCUUCUCUCAUAACCAGGGCGCGCGGCUUUUUGUGUCUACCGUGCCGGCUUGUCGUCAGCCAUCCGCUGGAUGCGGCUAGCUGCGCCAAAUCUCCCACAGGCCACGCACAAUGGAAAGCGCGGGCAGUAGACAGACGCCACACCAUGGGGCGCUUCCUCGGUUUUUUGCUAGGGUUCCGAGGCGAAUCCGUGGAGCUGGACUUGGCGAUCUAGCACCCUACAACCCCUAAAAAACGUCUUAUCUAACUACUUAAUCACCUAGCUAUUGCAAUUAACUAUUUUAUAUAGGUAUUUUGCCGGCCAGUCCGGCACUAAUUGAAACUUUUUUUUUGAUCCCCCAUGGGUGAGUUGCCUCUUGGGUACGUUGUCCUCCUCAUAUUAUUUGCGCUUCAGUUUUACUUUCUUCUUCUUGUUGUUCAUUGACCCGUAGUUGCUACAACAACCCAUUUUUACACAUAUAUAUCGGCUCCGAAAAACAAAAACGCAAAAAAAUAAAAACAAAAAACACAAUCACAAAAAUGCAACUCAGUAUGAUAAAAAAUGUUGCACUACAAUUUCACAGUGAAAGCGCAGUACCAGCAUGCAGAAAGCAAAAACUGGCAGCACAGCAACUUUUGGUGGUUCUGGGUUCCAUUUGGGGCAGCGCAGCAACGUUUAGUGUCCACCACUGUUGCCAAGCACUGUCGGGACAGCCGUUGACGGAAGGAUUUGGCUGGGUCUAGUAGCCCGGUUAGGUCUUUCUUGGUCUAGGUUGGUGCGGCGACGUCUCUGUUCUUUAUUCCGUUUGAUUUUAUUUUUAUCACAAAUAUGAAUAUGACUUUGAAGGAGCUCCCGUUCUAAAGUAUCGUGCUUUAGCAGCAACCACCUGUCGCAUUUUUCUUAGUUUUGUUUUGAAUUUUCCUAAUUCGAAGGUACCAGCAAACGAAAAAUAAACAACAAACCUUUAUUUCCGCGAAGACGGUGCUCGCCUGUAGUUUGGAUUUGAUGCUGCGCGCCUGUAGGUAGACACUUACGUCGCACCUGCGGGGGCAUCUACGUUACACCAUACACCAUGGGUGAGACCAGUCGUUUUCGGAUUUGCGCUCGUACAACUACCCCGCUUUACUUUCUAUGACCCGCAGAACCCUUGCAGCAUUCUUAAUUCUUAUUUUCCUUUUGGUGCCACCGACAACUACGUACCCAUGCAAAAAGUCCACUCUCUUCAGUAUGAACUGCAGCUUUUGAAGAUGGAAAUAAGAUGCAUAGCCUGCUCUAUUUUACCCACUGUAGAGUAAGAUUUUUCUCUAGGACCGCAUAUCCUGCGCAUGUGCAUAAAUAGGUAGCCGGUGUGAGAAGAACUGCCGCAUAGAAGCAAGUAGCUCGCCUCACAGAACCAAGCAUAUCCUGCCCGACUACAUUGUUAAUCAGAAAGAGGUGUGGCGAGAGGGAUUUAGGAGUCAACGAACCUGUUCUCCUGGACGAACUUAAAUUUCGCGCAACCUGGACAAGAAUGCUACCAGGACUGUUUCGAAAUGACUUUGAGUUUCCUUUAUUUGCGGCGCUUGCGCAUCCACAUGCACAAUAAAAAUCACACUCUGGUGGCUGCUUC